AUGCAUCUCGUAGCUUUUCGCUCUAUGCUUUUUGGAGAGGUUGCGUCGUCGGUCUUCUCUUUCCUUCUCCAAGGGUCCUCGAGCGGCUGGUUCGGAUUGGCCUGUCCUGGCCAUUGUGCGGGGUCACUGAGUUUCUCCGUCUCUUUGGCCUUUGGAGGCUUCUGCGCCGGGGCCCUCACCACCCUUUUCCUCCUCCGCCUCCUCCCGACUUACGUCUCCGGGCUUACGCUUUGCAUGGGCGACGACCUGGCCCGGACCAUCGCUGAGGUGCAAGGGGCCCUUGAGAGGCGUUCUGACAUCCGUGCUCGCUUCCCUGCUUGCCCUCCUCACUGCUUGGAACUUUGUGAGAGGCUUGCUCCUGCGAACCACUUCACUGCCGCCGACCGUGCCCGCCGGGCCUGGACUGCUGGACUGUGGGCCAAGGAGGUUUUGGAGGGCACCGUGGCCACUCCUGAUCCUGUGCUUAGCUUGCGGCCUACUGUCUACAUUGUCUUGCGGAGCGAGAGGCUUGACCGCCCUGCCCGCUUUGCAACCUUCCGAAUGAACGCAGAGGCUUUAAAGGUAGAUGGGGAAAGCGCAGGUACACUCUGCACUAUAAAGUGGCCUCCCGUGCCCGACGUGCCGGACCGUGCCCUUCACUUGCUCUUACCCUUGCUUCGCAGGCCUGGCGCUUUCCUUGCUGCGCUGCCUCUUGUGCUCCUGGAGGAUGUCCAGAGUCUCUCGACGGGCGAGGCCCUAUCGGUCUUCGGCCCUUCCGUCGUGGUGUCUGUGCCGGCAGUGGAAGAGGGAGAUCUUGGGGAGGAUGUGGCAGCAGGCUACGACAUACAAGUGAUCCUGCUGGACUUGGACGAGUCCCUCCUUUCCUUUAUGGGCCCUUUCGAUCCUGUCACAGAGCCGGGGCUGGUGGUUGGUUUCGAGCCUGCCGCCCCUCACGUGAUGCCGGCGCCAGAAGAUCUCAUGAAAGCCGCUGUCGAUUGGGUGAGUGGAGAUCAAGCCCCAGGCCUCGCUUAUGUUACCGCCCAAGAGGGCUCGGAGGGCCACGAGGAUGCCCAGCCGAAGAGGGCUGCACGUGCCAAACGCGUCACCACGGCACAGCUGGCCGAACAGGUGAACCAACUUGCUUCUGUGCUGCCCGGUCUUGUCGAGCAGGUGAGGCUCGUGUCGGAGCGUCUGGCCGCUGCCCUGCCUCCUCCUGCCCGCUUGGGGUUGGCUCCGAAAGCGGCGCCUGCGCCCGCCGCUCCUGCACCGGCCGCUGCGCCAAAGUCCUCUGCCUUGCCAGCCUCCUCGGAUCAGCUAGCCACAGCUAUUGCUCAGCAGGGUCAGGCCUUGAGUCUCCUAGUGUCGCAUCUCGCCUCGCAAGGCGAGGCUCUCGACCUGAACGCGGCCACAGCAGGACUGAGCACAAAGGGCUCGGCGAAGCGCGAGAAGCUCCAGCAGGAGCUCAUGACCCGCACCGGCUCGUUUUACCUUCAAGUGUGCCAGAAUGCCUAUCGUCGGCUUUACCCCGCCACCACAGUGCCGGCGACCUUAGAGAUGAAGGCAGAUGGCAAGCUCAGCUUCGUGACAUAUAUGGAAAGGUUUGGUGGCUACGGCCAGUGCCGCGACCUGGCCCUCGUCAUGCAUCAGUUGGCGUUCAUCGCAGACUGCCUUGUGCAGGACGACGUGCAUGGUGCUCGCGAGCACUUGGGGCUUCUCUUGGCAUCUACCGAGCAGGCGGCCCAGGAUCGCAACUGGUCCCUGGCCUACUUACUUUGCCUGCUGGAGGAACCGGCUUCCCCGUCGGGCCCUUGCCCUGCUGCUUCUGUCGUGCCCUCUUCCGUGGCUCCGCCACCUCCGGAUGCAAUCGGCAGCCCAGCCGGGCAGCAAUCACAAUGUGCCUUCCAGCCUUUGGGCCAUGCUGGCCAGCGUCGCAGGCAAAAGGUUGCGUGCCAGGUUGCACUUCAUGCUGUGGUGGUUGCUGUCAACUUUGUUCACAAUGACUGCAAAUACGUCCCGCUACGGCUUCUUGCCCGGCCGCCUAAUCCUGCCCAGGUUCGCUGCCUUCGCUAUCUGAGGGGAUUGGUUCAGACUUUCGGUGACGUCGAGGACGGGAUUUUCCCUGCCGAGACGGGUCGUCGGAUGAAUUCGCUUCUCGCUCGCCUCUCGGAGGUCUCUCAGAGGCUUUCGAUGCUGGGUCCUCUUGGGGACCCCUAUGCACGCGUGCCUGCUGGCAUCGAGGUUCCUCAAGUCAACGACUCUCCGGACCUCGAGCCUUACCGCUCCCUUUGUGCUAGCCGGCUUCGUUUGGCCGGCCGUGCCAACUGGGACCCUGGUGACCUCCUCCCGCCCGAGCUUGCCAUGGCCUUCGCUCUGCCUUCUUCUUUGCUGAGCGGACGGGUGCCUGCCCCGGAGGAGUACCCUCUUCCCGACCGAGAGUCGGUCCCCGAGACGCGGUUGAUCGACAAAUUGGAGAUCGAAGAGGCCGCAAUGCCGUUGAGGCCAGACUGCCAGGGACUGAGGCCUUGUGCCUCUCUGUUUCGGAUCGCCGAGAUUUUUACCAUCAGAUUGGCGUACCUUGGGCCAGAUGCGUGCCUGCCUUCCUACACCUCGAGCCCUGGCCUCACCCCUGCCAAUGGUGACCAUAUAGGGGUUGAGCUAGCUGUCGCUGGACACCAGCAGCUCCUCAUUGGGGCUGGGCUUUUGCGUGAUGAGACCAGGCUGCUGGGAGGCCACCCGGUUGGCCCCGGCCCCGUUUGGGACGCUUUGGUGAUCGAUGAUUACUUCUGUGUUGCGAGGACCGGGCGGCGCAGCCUGCUUCUUGGUGAGCCUUCUGCCUCCAGCGGUGCCUUAGACCGCGCCCUGAAUUGCUAUGCGCAUUCCGAGCUGAUAGGCUCACCCGAGAAGGACCUUCGUGACGAGCUGCUGGGAAAAGCAGCCGGGGCCGAGAUAAACUCUACGCCUGCAGCCGCGUCGCGGGGACACAUUCUUGUGUCCGCCCCUGCCUCAAAGAGGCUGGCGCUCUCCGAGCUGACCUUGGAGCUGAGCACUUUCCCUGCGACUAGUGAUUGUCUCCACUCGUGCCUGAUGGGAGCCUGGACCUCUGUGGCUUUGUUUCGAAGGCCUGCCGUCGCAUGCUUCCAGCAUGCGUACAGCCUUUUCCCGGCGAGCUCUUUGGAGCCAAGCUCUCCCAAGACCGUGCCGCUGCCGAGGCGCGUCGCUAUGGAGCUGCAGCUCAUUUCCCUGAUUGCCCCUCUUGCUGUCACGGAUGUGUCGGCUCCGUAUGUCGACCGGCUCUAUGCUACUGACUCCUCAGAGCAUAAGGGUGCAUACGUUUCGGCUGCGAUCCCUAGGGAAUUGUCUGAGAGCCUUUGGUUAUGCUCGGAUCGCAAGGGGGCCUACGCUCGGCUUGCUUCCAAGGCUGCUUGCAUACUUCAUAGAAGCGACCCGCUGCACGAGGACGUUGGUCAUGAUCCCUCUGAGGAGCCUGCCGAGGCCCUGCUGCAUGCUCCGAGGCCCCUGGCGUACCACUUCGACUUCCUUGAGUUGUCUUUAGGGCCGCCUGCCCUCUCUGGUGAGCUUUCCCGGCUUGGUUACGCGGUCGGCCCUUUUAUCGAUCUGCGGCUGUCUUCAGACUGUGGUCUCCCUCGCCUCGUCGUUCUCGAGUGGGCAAUGCACCUUGUUGAUGCCGGCCGCCUGCUCGGCCUAUACCUCGUGCCGCCCUGCUCCUGUGGCCUCCCUUCGGUUCUUGGCGCUCACCCGGAGACCAAGACUACCCGACGUGGUGUCCCUGCCCACUUGCACGAAGAGGAAGCGCUUCGCCUUUGCAUUCUCCUCUUCCGCCAUGCCUGCCGACGUGGGAUCUGUGCCCUUCUGGAGCUGCCUCGUGAAGCCGCCCCUGUUGGUUCCCGGGUUUGGCAAGACGUAUUGGCUCGUUUCAAGGCCGAGCAGGUCGAUUUGUCCGCUUGUGCUUUCGGCGAUACCCGUCUUCGGAGUCUCUCCUGCCUGGCCUUCGGACUUGACUGCCUGGAACGGCAAGCUGUGAACGACCUCGCCCUGGGAUUGCGUUGGAAGGUCGAGAUUGCGAUCACCCAUGGUGCCUGCCGCUUUGUCGCAUUUUGCGACUCCUUCGUUGCCCUCUCCUCUCUUGGGACGCCAGUCGCCCUCGACUUCGCCGCUGGGCCUCCUCCUGGGUUCGACUUGCCCUUCUUCUGCGCCCGAGCCUUGCUUUUGCGCCUGCCAGUGGGCUUGGCCUCAUCGAUGCCCACCUUGACUUCAGGGCUUUUGUCCGCACGCAGGGUUUCGACAGUUCCCUUGGUUUCCCUGGCCUGCUUUUGCCCUUUUCCGGCGCUUUCGAUCUCCUCCUUCUUCCUCGUCGUCGGUCUGCUCGGUCGAUCUCCUACUUGUCUUGGCUUCUUUGUCCUCGGCCGCGCUUCAGCCAUGGAUGCCUCGCGAGCUGCAAAGGGUGACGCUGCGCGCCUCCUUUCUCGGGCUGGAAAAGAGCUAAAGACUGGCAGGCCUGUCCAGAGGACGACUGAGCUGCGGCGAGAGAAGUUGAAGGAGCUUUUUGGGAAGUGGCUGCUUACUUUCGGGCAGUCCUUUGAGUGGUUUCUGAUGAGGUCUCGCGCCGACCCAGAUUUUGCCAACGAGGUGCUUAUAUGCUAUGGGCAGCAUCUUUACAAGACUGGCAAAACCUACAGCAGCUACUCCGAGACUCUCAACAUGUUCUCCUCUCAUUGUCCCUCCCUUCGAAGACUUCUGCAGCCGGCCUGGGACCUUGCUUUCUGUUGGCAGCGCGACGAACCGCCAGUACACCACACCGCAAUGCCAUGGCAAGUGCUCACCGCGGCGGUUGCUGUUGCACUGAUCUACGGUUGGGUCGACCUGGCUGGAAUCCUCAGUCUCUGCUGGGGCGGCCUGGCUCGAGUUGGAGAAGCACUAGCUGCCGUCCGGUCUGACUUGGUUUUUCCUGCAGAUGUCGGCUCGGUUGGCAUGGGCCACCUUCUGAUGACGGUGCGUGAGCCAAAGACGCGCUUCAGAGCGGCGCGCCACCAGUCUCUGCGUGUUGACCAACCACAGCUGCUACGAGUCCUCACACUGGCUUUUGGUUCCCUGGAGCCAUCUGAGAAGCUCUGGUCCUUCUCAGGCUCCACGCUCCGCAAUCGCUUUCAAAAACUGAUGCUGGCAUUGCGGCUGGGACCGGGCAUUGUGCCAAAAGUCAGGGAUUUCGACAUGGGGUCACUAAGGGCUGGUGGCGCUACUUGGCUGAUGGAUGCUACAGAAAACCCAGACUACGUACGCAGACGCGGACGGUGGAUAACAACAAAGGUCAUGGAGAUUUACGUUCAGGAGGUGACGGCACUCACCUUCCUUCCCCGCCUCCCAGAUGAUGUGAAGCAGCAUGUUUUUGCAUGGGCAGGUGCAUUUGCUGCUACUUUGGAGAAAGCUGAACGUUGGCACGAGUUCAGCAUUCCCCCUUCAUCCUGGAGGUACCUCGCGGCUCACGGAGAUGACUUGGAUGCACUUCCCAAGAGUACACAUGCAAACUACGGGGCAGAUGUGGUUAUCGGCCAGCUGUCGCAAGAGGCCGCGUCGCUGGAGAUCGCCAGCAAGUUGGCUGGAAAGGGCUUCUGUGUGGUCUCAGCAGGCUUCGAAGACAGCGUUUUGCGACGAGCCGUAGAUGAGAUUGCUGCCUUCUCGAGAUCGGACCGCUGGCAGCAGGUCAAUACAGUCAUUCAGGACGGCCUCCUCGGUGCAGAAGGGUCGGCGCUCGUGGCCGAACUGGAGUCGCCAGAGCGCGAUCCAGCCGCACGGGAAGAUGGCGAGGUCUUGCAGGAGCUCGACACCGCUAUCACCCACCUAGGCUUCCACAUUGAGCCGUACCUUGCGAGCUUCGGUGUAGAGGUUUCCCACAGAGGACGUGCAGUAGUUCACCAGGCAGGCGAGCCGGGUGAAGAACGCGUUCCCCUCAACGACAAGGAGGUCUUUCCGACCUGUUCUCCACUUUGCAUCUUCUCCUCCUUCGGUGAGGCUGUGGAUGCCUUGGCGGAGGCGCAGGCCAUCGCAGAUCAUGAGCCAGACGAGGCAGCGGGCUGGACAAUUAGGCGGCGACGCCAGCGCGCUGAGGAGCUGGGCAGACGAGCUCUGAUGUUGCAGCAAGACGUCGGCCAAACACUGCGGCGCCUCAAAGAGGAGACAGUCCCCGAGUACUCCGAGCUUGGUCACACCACCGUGGCGAUCGCCGUUCUAAUCUCGUCUGCAGACCUGACCUCCCUGUGUGGACUGCUGGAUACAAGCUUGCAGCUCGUGCAGGAUUUUGGCCGUUUCCGAACAGGCUGGCGCAUUCUCCACAUCCAGGACACUCUUCCCGGCCCCUGGGUGCGUGCAGACAUCCCCGCGUCGGAGGAGGCCAUACAGCGGGUUCUGAUGCGUGGUCACCUCGUACCUCCGAAUGCAUCGGUGCAAGGACAGUGCUACGUCAUCCUGGCCGUUCCAUUGCUCGACGCGGUCUCCCACCAGGCGCGCCGGCUCGACGGCUGGGUUGUUGAGGCCACAAGAAGGAAGGGGCGCCUCGCGGCUGAAGAGAAGGAGGAGCGCUUGGCCGCAGCUGCCCGUCUCGCGGAGUCUUCGAUGCGGGAGCAGAGGAGGCUGGCUAUGGAUGGCUUCCAUGCAGCGGCGGUGGCAAGCCAGGUCAUGAUCAUCGUUUUCCUGGGCCCGUCGACGGGGACGCUAGAGAUGAGACCCUACAACACCGACGACGCGGAGACGCUUGACAUCAUCACGCGUCCAGGAACGCUUGUAGUUCUUCGACCGGAUCUCCUGUCGCACAAACAUUUCUCGAACGGCCGGUCCAUGGCCAUCAGUGCCUUUUUCCUCCAGAACGAGCGGAAGUCUAGAGCGAACAAGAGGUCGGAUAAAAUGAUCCCGGCCGCAAAAGAGCUCGACGACUGGGCCGUGAAUCGCCUUCGGGAGCUGAAAGAGAAGAACCUCAACUCCCAGUUCUGGGAUCCCAACAUUCCGCGGGAAUGGCAGUCGGCCAUGAACCACAUGUUUCACAAGGGCCAGAUGAUUGCGGUCAAGGGCGAGGCGUGCAAACUUCCGGGCACGGAAAAUCCGUCCACGUUUGCCAUGGCUACAGCUUUCGGCCCGGACUACCCCAUGGAGGUUCCAAGGAUCAGGUGGGAUCACAUGGAGGAUGUCUACGAUCCAGAUCCAGAAAGCUGGCGAUAUUUCAAGUCUUACUGUAGACAUGGCAGCUUUAUGGAUGGCAUCGAACUCUUUGACUGCAAGAUGUUCUCCAUGUCGCCCAACGAGGCGAAAUCCAUGGAUCCGCAUCAGAGGCUGAUCCUGGAGGUGGGCUACGAGGCUCUGUACAACAUGGGCAUGCGGAAGAACACCUUGGUGAACACCACCUGCGGCAUUUACGUCGGCUGUGGUAACCAGGAGUGGUCGAUGGUGCCCCGUGAUGCGGACCAGGGCGCCUUUGCCGCUACAGGCGGUGCCCUAUCGAUCAGCUCUGGGCGAUUUUCCUUCACUCUCGGACUGAAGGGACCGAGUAUGACCAUAGAUACCGACGCCUCCUCUGGAGCGACGUGCGUGUAUCUCGGUGCAGAGGCCGUCCAGCGCAAAGGCCGCGCGACGCCCAAUGAGUUCUCGGUGGCCAUCGCCGCGCAUCUCUUGCUAGCAGGAAUUUGGUGGCCAUCUCACUGUGCCUCGGGCUGGCUGUGUGCCACCGGCCGCUGCCUGACCUUUGAUGCCUCUGCGGCACGGACCUCGGAAGGAUAA